AUGGCCGACCAGUUCGGUCUGUCUGUGAUCGCAGCUGAAGACAUCCCAGCAGACGAAUCGGUCGUCAGUGCACCCUUCUCGCUCGCGGUCACGCAUGAAGUCGCGAAAAACGCUCUCGAAGAUAUAUCACGGGCGUACAACUCUCACCUGGCCUCGGAUAACCUCAAGAGGGCUCUUGCAGGACUAUCAGAGAGGCAGAUUAUCUGUAUAUAUAUCUGCCUGCACUGGAAUGAAGAGCUGCGUGCUCAGACCACGAUUCUGGGACAUCAGAGUUACCUGGACACCUUGCCUGAGCCGUCGCAGUUGACCACUCCGCUACACUUUACCGAGGACGAGUUGGCUGCGUUCAAAGGCACCAACCUCUAUGGCGCGACUCUUGAUCGUGAGCGCCAGUGGAAAACGGAGUGGGUGGGAUGCAAGGAAGUCGUCUCCCUCUUGAAUCCGAAAUGGACGGAUGAGUUCACUUGGACCCGAUAUCUUACCGCAUCCACCUAUCUCUCUUCGCGCGCCUUUCCGUCCACGUUGCUUUCUCCAAAUCCGACUCUCCAAUCAUCGCCGUCUUCGUAUCCCGUCCUGCUCCCUGGAAUUGACGCAUUGAACCACGCACGAGGCGCACCAGUCUCAUGGGUUAUCAAAUCGCGUUCGGCGCAGAGCCAGGUCAACGCCGCGCCCGACACGGGCUCCUCCGACCUGAGCAUAUCGCUCGUCCUGCAUUCUGCCACACCCAAGGGCCACGAGCUAUUCAACAACUACGGACCGAAACCGAACUCGGAGCUCAUCCUUGGCUACGGCUUCUCCCUUCCCUCCAACCCGGAUGACACCAUCGUCCUCAAGAUCGCCGGCAGUGGCUUCAGUACUCCCGCUGACGGAGGCGCUCCCGCUUCUUCAGGCGAACUCGGCAAGUGGGAAGUAGGGAGGGGGGGUAGAGGGGCAGAUGCCGUCUGGAAACAGGUGCUCAGCAUCGUCAGUCGCGUCCGCCCUGAUGAGACAGGAUCGGCCGCGACGAGUGAGACCGGACGUGGCGACGACGCUAGAAGCUACGAGGACGAGCUUGAAGCGGCUGAGAUCCUCCACGACAUGGUCCAGUCCUUGAUCGAUCGUUUGCCUGGGCAGGUCCCGACGGGGACCCAGUUACGCCCUGCGGUCGAGAAGAUGCUUCAUCACUAUCUUGAAGGUACGCACUUCACACCUCCGUGA